AGGGAGAGAGGGAAAGGAAGCAAAAAGGGAGGGAUAGAGGAAAAGAAUAGAAGGGAAGAGUCUCUUAUUCCUAGGAGCGACUGUGACAGCUCUCGUGGAAGGGGCUUUGGAACUAGUGCCUUGUGGGAAAGCAAACAAUAGUGAACGUCUCUUCUUGCUUUCAGGGGAUGUGAGAAGAAGAGGGCUGGAUAUUCAAGCACAGCAAUCACUGAGAGCUGCACUGCGCAAAAAUGGGAGCUGAUGUGACAAUGGAGAUUUUUUAGUUGCUUGGAUCUUAGAAGGGGGGAUUUCUGGAUUUCUGGAAUUUGAAAACUAAGAGGAUAAAGAUUGUGGCUUGUGAGUCUUUCUUUGGAACAAAAGAGUCUGUGCCCACUGGAGUGGCUCAGACACCCCAGCAAGAGGAAGAGGAGGAUGACGAAGAUGAGGAGCUGGGAGAGAAGUUUCAGUUUGAUGAUAGUGAGGAAGAAGAACAGGAAGCAGCUGGAAAUUCUGGAGAAAAUCAGGCUUUAGGAGUUCCCCCUGCUGGAGCCGGGCCUUCACAGGGUCCCAGAGGUGUCGUCAUGGCUUCAAAUGCACUUUACAGUCAAGCAUUGAAGCGUGUCUCAGCCAGUCACUGUCAGGAAAUAAAUGGAGGGACCUCUGCUGGUCAGGAGUACCAAACCAUUCCUUCACACAUAACAAGCCCAGAUAUGGUAGCCAGACAGUCUCCUGAUGGGAGCUCUGUUUCUACUGAGCCUAGAGUCACUGACGAGAUGAAGAGUACAUGGAAGAGAAACACCAUUUAUGAAGGUUUAUAUUCAAGACCCGAAUGCUCCUGUACGCCCGUCAUAAAGAAGGACGUUCGCAUGUUUGCUCAGGCAGCUCAAGUGCCAGCUCGCUCUCGGGAAUGGUUCAGUGUGGUGUCAGAGCUCACACUGCGACUGCACAAAGGAAAACCUGUUAUAGAAACAGAGGAGAACGUGCCCUCAUCUACAUCAGAGGUGAACCUAGCUCCGGCCACUCACUUAGAGGUGAUUUAUGAUGACGUCCCAUGUGAGACCGUCCCCUCUCCUGGUCCAGGUGAUGAUACGAUCUAUGAGGAUGUGCAGAGGCCUGACGAGUCAGCAGGAAUGUUGGACAACGGCUGGAGCUCCAGUGAGUUUGAGAGUUAUGACGAGCAGUCGGACACCGAGAUCAAGCAGCCGACCCGCAGCAAGAUUUCGCCGGAUGUACGGCGCCUAAAGGAGCGUUGUGUCCGGACCAAGCGUGAGCUGGCCAUGCGGUUAGGGGCUCCAGACGUCAGCCAGAUCAAACAAACCUAUGACAUCAAGGUUCAACAGCUCAUGAAAGCUGCCCGGAACGGCACUAAAGAUGGCCUGGAAAAGACGAAAAUAGCCAUGAUGCGCAAAGUCUCUUUCCUGAGCAAGAAAGAAAACACAGAUGACACAGAAGAUGAUUCUGGUUACCUGGAUGUGACUGUUUCUGAUGUGAAGCACCCACCACCACAGCUGUGUCCCAUGCCAGAUGGCCUCAGUAGCCAACAGAUUGUAAGGCGUCAUAUUCUUGGCUCUAUUGUUCAGAGUGAGAUAAGCUACUUGGACUCCCUUAAAAGAAUCCUGCAAGAUUACCAGAAGCCUUUACUGGAGGCAGAGCCACGAAUCCUGAGCCCUAAGAAAAUCCAACCCAUUUUCUUCCGGCUCAAAGAGAUCCUGCAGUGCCAUGCCAUGUUCCAGAUUGCACUGGCCUCCCGUGUGGCUGAGUGGGACCGCACAGAGACCAUCGGGGACCUCUUUGUCGCCUCUUUCUCAAAGUCAAUGGUCCUAGAUGUAUACAGUGAUUAUGUCAACAACUUCACCAACGCGAUGGCUCUUAUCAAGAAGGCUUGUAUGUCAAAGCCAGCAUUUCUGGAGUUUCUCAAGAAGAAGCAGGCUGCCAGUGCGGACAGGAUCACCCUGUACGGCCUCAUGGUCAAACCAAUCCAGCGCUUCCCUCAGUUUAUACUCCUCCUGCAGGACAUGCUGAAGAACACUCCGGCGGGGCACCGCGACCGACUGCCACUGCAGCUGGCUCUGACUGAGCUGGAGACGUUGGCGGAGAAGCUGAAUGAGCAGAAGCGUUUGGCUGAGCAGCUCUCUGAGAUCCAGCAGCUAGCACGCAGCAACAGUGACCGGGCCCUCAGCAAGCAACUAAACUCAGAUAAGAAGCAGCUGAUUUUGUGUGAAACGCUGAUCGAGACUGUGUAUGGCGAGAAGGGGCAGGUUCUCAAGUCCAAGGAACGCAAAGUCUUUCUCCUCAAUGACAUGCUCGUCUGUGCAAACAUCAAUCUCAAAUACAUUGAAAGUGGCAUUGAUUACGUCAUUGAUGAGCCAAGGGGCCCUCCGGAUAUAAGCAGCCUGGUCCCUGUUGGACCAAAGUACACAGUGAAGUGGAGUGCUCCUCUGCAGCAGGUUCAGGUGGUGGAGGUGGGCCAGGAGAACCCUCAGAACAACGACAGUGUUUUUCAGCCUAGUGGAGCCAAGCGCCUCAGCUCCGUCAGCUCGCAAGGCAAGCUGUUUCUGGGGCCGCCAAGGCUGUAUCAGGAACUGCAGGAACUGCAGCACGACCUCUCAGUGGUGGAGGAGGUCACACUGCUAGUGGGCACUCUGCAGGGAUCCUAUCAGAAUCUUAACACCACAGUGGGGCAGGACUGGUGCCUGGCACUGCAGAGGCUCAUCCGCAUCAAAGAGGACGAGAUCCAGUGUGCCAACAAGUGCCGUCUACGGCUCAUGGUGCCUGGCAAGCCUGACAAGUCCGGCCGUCCAGUCAGUUUCACAGUGGUUUUUAAUACUCCCAGCCCAAUCAGUAAAAUCUCAUGGGUCAAUCGCUUGCAUCUGGCUAAGAUUGCUCAAAGGGAGGAGAACUUGCCCGGCUGGGUUUGUGCUGAGGAUGAUGAGAAGACUAAGCCUCCAUUCUGGUGCCCAUUACUGGCCUGUCGUGUGCCUGUGUUCUCUCCGAAAGCGCAAGAUCAGAAGCUACAGAUGGCCCUUCACAACCCAGUCCAUUGUGCUCUGCUGGGUUUCUCUGCAGCUAGUACCUCUUUGCCUCAAGGCUAUCUCUGGGUGGCUAGUGGUGGAGAUGACACCCAUGGGCAGGUGGAGAUUUUCUCGCUGAAUAGAUCCACUCCACGCUCAGUGAAAAGCUUCCCUCUGGGCUCUCCAGUGCUGAGCCUAGAGUAUGUGACAGAACCAAGCACUGCUGAAGAAGAUGAAGGACAGGCUGCUGAAGGACCUGCCAGGAUUGGAAACACCAUCUGUGUGGGGUUACAAGAUGGCAACAUCCUAGUGUAUGGCAGUGUGGACACUGCUGCCCAGUGCCUCUUGACCUUCCGUAAUCCUGAGGGUUGUCCUGUUCUGUGCCUAAAACACUCUGCAAACUUUCUCUUUGCUGGGCUGACUAAUGGAAAAGUUGCUGUUUACAGCAGAAAGAGUGGAGAGGCAUUGUGGGAUCCAGACUCCAGCAGACUGGUGGUGGUUGGAUAUGCGCCUGUGCUCAAACUCCUCAAGAUAGAUGACUGCGUGUGGGCUAGCUGUGCAAACCAAGUCGCUGUCAUUGAGGGUGAAAAUCUAAACACGCAGAGCUUUGAAGCUCACCCAGACCCGAUGGUGAGUGUGACGCACAUGGUGCGUGCGGGGGGAGGGGUGUGGAUGGCGUUCUCAGAGGGCUCCUCUCUUCGCCUCUUCCACACUGAGACUUUGGAGCACCUGCAAGAGAUCAACAUCUCGACACGCUCUGCCUACCUGAGUCCAGGUCACAGGACCGUGUGUGUCACCAGCCUGCUUAUAUGCCAGGGCCUGUUGUGGGUGGGCACUGCCCAGGGCAUCAUUGUCACCCUGCCAGUGCCCAAACUGGAGGGCAUCCCUAAAAUAACAGGUAAAGUUAUGACCUCACUGAAUGCUCACAAUGGCCCGGUGGACUUCCUUGUGGCCACCUGCAGCACUUUGUCCCCAGACUUGUUAAAGAGAGACUCUCUGGUUGACGGGAUGGACUCAGGCAGCGGAGGAGAGGACAGGGAGAGGAGCCACUCAUCCCAGGAGUCACUGAAAGAGCAGCAGCAGCAGGAGGAGGGCUCUCCCCAGAGGGAGGCCAAACCCAAAGGAGUUUUGCUACAAUACCGACUGCGCUCCACCUCCCAGCUCCCCGGGAAACUCCUCACCGCUCGGCCUGAGGAAGCCUCUGAUUCCUCCCAGGAGUCUCUGGAACACACUUUGGAGGACGGCUCCAUCUACGAACUGAGCGACGACCCUGAGGUUUGGGUCAGAGGCCCAGGGCCAUCCACCAAAGAGGGAACACGCAGAGAGAGGGUGGUGUCAGCCGCUGUUAUAUCAGGCGGACGAGGAUUCCGUAGACUCACCGUAGCCGGCUCCGCAUCCUCCGCUUCCUCUGGCGCCAAUGAGAAUACGCUCAUGGUCUGGCAGCUUCCACUAACGGUCUGAAGCAGUGACGAGUGACAGACUGAAAGAUGCUGACUUGACGUCUGCGAGACGAAAGAUUGACGAAACACUUAAGGACAGACAGACUGUAUGUUUCCGUUUGUACAUCUUAAGCUGUGUUCCAAAAUCCUUCCAGCCACUUUUUUUUUAGGGAUAGCAGUACACCUCUACUGCUUUGCCUAUAAGCAGUAGGAUAUACUCUGUCCUGUUUUAUUCCAUAGCACAGACUCGACAGAUAAUACCAGUUUACAGAUACAAAAAAACAAAACACUCGUUUCAAAAUGUCAAAAAAGAUUGAACCGGUUUAUGUGCUCGAGCUGCAUGAAGUUGUUCUUCUAGAUGGAGUGCAGAAAGUCAUCGUCGUGAAUCUAUUCAAAAGGGUCGUGAUCCAUCUAGUCUCUUGCAUAACGGGAAAAAAGGGUAUUUAAUGUAACACCACUGUGGAUGUAUACAGUAGCAGUACAAAGGAAGACAGAAGUAAAUGAUGAAAUUUCUCGGAGUCAUUCUCUUCCAAUUGUCUUUUUUUAUUUUGCUUCGAUCCAGAAUGUGAAAGAGCUAUUCUUAAGAGAGAAAAGGGUUUUGUUUUGACGUAGGUACUCGUUAUUGAUGGUACUUAUUUUACACUGUGUCACUUUGUUUAAAAAAAGAAAAGAAUAAAUCAUGUUUACGACAA